GUGAAAGUUUCCCACCGACCACGAAGCGGCCGUAGUUUUGUUUCUCUGUCGGUGUGAGACGGGAAUGGAGGAACAACCGGCAACCGGCUACAGGUCCAUGAGAAACGUUGGGCAGGACGACAUGACUGUGUCGGGGAAGAAAUUCUUCGUCCACGUGGCGGGAAAAACCAACGAUGCUCAUCAAGAGAUGGUUAAAAAUCUUAGAGGCAUCGGCAAAGACCAGGUGUCUUCUUUUGAAGAAAGUGACUUCCUGGUGGUUUUCUGUCCCGUCGUCUCACGAGUUGGAACGGACAUCAACGCGGCCUUGAAGGGGAUUCCAGGUGAUAAACCAAUAAUCCUGGUGGUGAUGCAUCACACCUACGACCCUGAACGCAUCGUAGCUCCGAGCAGGAGACAGGUGAACGACCUGAACGUCCGGCUCACCGUGGACUGCCUGUUCCACGAGGGCAGCCUCCUGGGCUGUGACCUCAACCGUGAGGCGUGGGCCGAGGUCCAGAAGGUUCUUGGAUCUUCCCGUUCAGCCGUAACGACUCUUCUCACUGACCUCGUACGACCUCCACACAUUCAGUGCAGAGUUUCUCGCCGGAGAGAAAGCAAAGCGGUUUCCAGCGACGGAGGAUCCGAGGUCGUCACGAUUGGUUUUGAGAUGCAGCCGUACUGCCCCCCGUCGAGCUUGUGGAGCUGGUUGAGCUGGUUGAGCUGGUUGAGUGGGUGGAGCUGGUUGAGCUGGUUGAGUGGGUGGAGCGGGCGGAGCUGGUUGAGUGGGCGGCUGGAUGGAUGGGGUGCACCUGUUGGUGCCGGCGCAAGGUGUGGAGAUGGUGGGGGCAGGAGCGGGAAGGAGCAGGAUAAAGGGGGAGGAGCUAGUGGCGGGGGCGGAGCUAGUGGUGACCUUUGUGAUGGCCUCCCUUGUUGAAGGGAACUAGAAGAAGAUCUGAGAGGGCUGCCGCCAACAUGCAGGUUUAAAUAAUAUAUAUAUAUAUAUAUAGUUUCACAUUAAUAACAGAAAUAUACGAUUACUGUUAUUAGUUUUGCAUCGUUGUGAAGGCUGAUUUAGACUAUUUUAGAGCUUUUGAUCAUGAAUAUUUCAUCUGAUGUAUCAAUACAGGGGGGGGGGUUAUGGAAGUCUAACAGAUGCACACAGCAAGUCACAGGAUGAGAACAAAUAUGCAAGUAAAAUAUCGUUGAAAUUCACCUCUAACUUAAAACUGUUGAUCCUGAAACAGGAACGUCACGCUCAAAUGUACUUUGAAAGGAUUUCUUCAUGCUGUACUUGAAUAAAUAAAAAUGAAUCCAUUAAAUAAAGUUUCUCUCGUUUUGUCGUGGCUCUGCUUUUGUCUUA